UUGUUAACUUAGCAUGUCAAAUACGAUAAGCUAACAAAAGCAAGUGGUUAAUGAGCGCCGAUAUGUCAUGUGCAGGCAUUAUAGAUAUGUUCGCUGCAUGGUAUCUCUUGUCUCGCCGUUGUUUGUACCCGGUUUCAGCCACCUGCAGGGGAAUGGUUUAACGUUACGUGAUGCUAACGGCUAAACAAGGUGCUCAUCCUUACUGAUGUAGCUAGCUAACGUUAACGCUAGAACCAUAUAACUGUUAGCUGUUGUCAGCUUUUGUCAUUGUACAAUCGGCUCAAUGAAGACCGUUAGUUGACUGGCUCAAUAAUCCGCUGCAGCUGAAAACAAUACAAGAGUGCAUACGAGAGUGAACCACAGCUAGCAUGAUGAUGCUCCAGCAUGGGUCGACGCAGCUCAUUUGCCUCACAGCCAGCAGUGGGGUUCCUCUUUUCACAAGGGGAGCCUCCAAACAGCUGCCCUUCUCUGUCAUCGGCUCCCUGAAUGGUGUCCACAUGUUCGGGGGUGGUCAGGGAGUGGUGUUGUCUUGCUGUGAGACUGAAGGUGGGGGUAAAGUGGUCUGCAUGGUGCUCGUGUUGGGGCAGGAUGAGCUGACCAAUGUCAGGAAUGUUGAGAGGCUGAAGAGGGACUUGCGAUCCUGCUUCAGCCUCAUUGAUCAGCUGUUGGAGGAGAGACAAGAGGGCAUCAUGGGUAACCUGACGUACUGCGCUGAUUCACUGCUGCCUCCAAACCCCACUCUUCUUCAAGAGGCUGUGGAUGGCUUUGCCCAGGCUGCAGACAGUGAAUUUAGCUGCCUCAUCGUCCAUGGACGGAUAGCUGCAGCAACUGAGAAGUGGUGGCGCCUGGCACCGCAGGAGGUUGUGCUGCUCUCUGCUUUGUUGCGGUCCCUCUCAGCCUCUGGAUCAGCCUCUUGUGAUUACCCAGUUUUCCUUCCUCAGGGCAGCCCCACCGUGGCCCACCGCCUGCUCCGCUUCCAGCUGCUCCCUGGCGCAGAUGUGUGUGUGCUGUGCGGCCCAACCCCGUCCCUGCACAGAGCCGAGAGUGGGCUGGUGGGUCGUUUCUGGACACCCUUGGUGGAGACCCUGAGAGACUGUCUGGCUGUUGGAGAGCGCUGCUUACCAGGAUCUGUAUCCCUGCGCCCAGAUGUGCUGGCACUUCUUCUCAUCAAUCGUGAAACGCGACGCUCCGUCUCCUGUGUGCGGACUUCCACUAAUCAUCUGCUCGGUGACCCUCUUUUACCCUCCAAGGCCCGCUGCUGGGAGCUACUGAAGCUCUUCUACAUCUUCAGCACGACACGCUACUUCACCCAGGAGGAGAUUUUGUGUGCCUUGCCAGAGGAGAGGGCUCAGAGAGGCAACACUGAAGACUUUGUGCUUGGAUUCUCCCACCAGCCGCUACAGUGCUAUCUAGUUACAGAAGAAUGCAAAAGCUAUGGACUUCAGACACCACAGCACCAGCUCUUCCUGCUCAUCCCACUGUCAGUGCCCACCUUUGCACUGCGUACGGUGGCCACACAGACUCUCUCUGAUAUAGUUGCAGCCACUGGGUUUUAAGUUGUUUUUUUUUUAAGUUUACAUUGUUACAUCUUUAUUUUUGGUAAACUCAACAUCUUUGUCCUAAUACUAUAUUAAAUUACAGGUAAAUCAUUCUAAUGUGAAUUUAGAUUUUGCUUAUAUUAAUGACUGCAAACACAUAUAUGUUGACUAACCGAUCUAGAGACAUACAAAUCAGCUUAUCUCUUUUGUACAAAGAUUAACAGACCACUGGUAAGAGAUGCACAAUAGAAAAUGAUAUCACUGUUAAUGGUCUCACUGGGUAUUUUCACCAAACUACUGCUCAAGAAUUGAAUAGGCCUACUGAUGACACAUUUGAAAAUGUCAUAUCAAAGUGAACUGCUUUGAGCUUUAUUUUGCAUUCAAGAGUUAAGUCACUCUUGCACAUUUGAGUCUUACUUCACUGGCUUCAAGGCUGUCCCUCUCACAGUAAUGCAAGCUGGUAAGACUUACUGAAUAAAUACUAAUAUUAUCACUAAGAUUGCACUGUAGCCUAUUUCCCAAUGUAUAAGAGACACGUGAAAAUGUUACACUGGGAUAAAUAAGUGCCUUCUGUUUGUCGUUUUGGCAUUUUGAAUCAUUUGGCGGCAAUUUCUUGUGGUUUUAUUCCUAAAUAUAGUUAAUUUAUGUGGGUCUUUGUAUCAUCGAGUGAUUCAUUAAAAUUUUUCCUUAUGCUAAUGUGAUAAUGAUAAAGUUUAGAGAUGCCGCGUUCGUGUUUUUUGAUGGUUUUUUUUUACCGCCAAUGCCAGUUGCCGAUCGUCAAUGAGCCAUAUCGAUCGAUAAACAGCCGAUACGAUUGUUUUGUUAUAACGGUUGGUAUAGCUGUAUGACAGUGUAAGUUUAACUGAAGGUAGUGUAUUAGGAUCUCCACUAGGUGGCAGCGUAACCUAAACUAUAGUGAAUGUGAAGUUGCCGUCAGGCUGUAUUGAAUUUU